AUGAAAGACAGCGAUGACGAAAUUCUAUCAUUGGUGACUUUUGGUGGUCUGCUAAUAUUUCUGGCAACGAUAUUUCUCAUAACGCAUCUUCUCUUUCUGGCUGUGAAUCUGAAAAAAUGCGGUUUUGAGUCUAAUUUCGCCUACACGUUGAUGUGCCUCAUCAGUAUUCUGGAUUGUAUACAACUGCUUAUUCACUGCAUUACUGGUGUUAUCGUUUGCUUCAAAGUUCGAAUGCCAUUAAUGAAGGUCAUAGGAGCGUUCAUGGAAUCAUCGUGGAUACUAAUGGGUAUCAGUACCGUAUUUCUUUCAUUUCAUCGCUUCAUAUUCACAGCGUUGUCCGAGAAAGCAGAAAAGACUGGAGACAAGUACUUUGAAGAAUUAGUCGAUGCUUCGAGUCUUUUCCGUCGUUGCUUUUCCACCAGCAGCCAAUCCAAAAUGAUCGAGCGUCGUCGACUCAUCGCCGGUCAACUACCGCUUGAUUCUGAUGAUCCUGAGAAUUUAUCAUCGCCCAUCAUAGCUCCCGGUCAUAGUCCUGAGUCAUUGGUUACAACAUUAUGA